AUGAUAGCUAAAUCGGUUCUGUCAUUGGGCCUUCUCGUUCACCAAGUUUUUGGCCAUGGUAGUGCUAGCAAUGAAGCUUUAUCGGUGAAUAAAGACUUUUCGUUGUCAGACUUGGUACAGGCUGAAAAACUGCCCAGUACUUUCAUAACAGGUGGACAAGCAGUGCUGGAAGAAGGGCGAGUGGUUUUGACCCCAAAAACGGGUUCGAAAGGGUCCUUAUGGGCCCAAAAAGAGUACAGUUUGGGAGAAUCCUUCACUGCAGAAUGGACGGUAAGAAGUAUCAACCAUAAGGAGAAAUCAGCUGGCGGAUUGGCCAUGUGGUUUAUCAACUCUAAAGUCACCGAUGACACCAAACUGCACAAUGGACCAUCGCAAUUCGAAGGGCUGCAAUUGUUGAUGGACAACAACGGUGAAUUGGGUAGCACUCUUCGCGGACAUUUGAACGACGGGUCAAAAAAACUAAGCAGCAGCAACAUAUACGACGAAACAUUCGGUUCGUGUCUCCUUGGCUACCAGGACUCCACGGUCCCGUUGACAAUCAGACUAACGUAUUCCAGUGGAGAUUUCCCACUUCUAAAGGUCCAAGUCGAUAAUAGGGUCUGUUUCCAAACCAAGAAGGUCCAAUUUUCGGCUCAGAAUUACAAGCUAGGAAUUACUGCCGAUAAUGCAGACAAUGCAGAGUCUUUUGAACUGUUGCAGCUUGAAGUAUAUGACGGUAUCACCGAAGAAUCCAUGAUCCCCAAUGCGAACAUCAUGGAUCAGCCUAAGCUUCUCACUAAAGUUGUUAACCAGAAGACCGGUGAAGAGGAACUUGUUGAGAAAACGGCACUCGAAAUGAGCGAAGAUGCGGACUCUGUGACCAACUUUGUUCUUUUGAAGAAAUUGAACAGAUUGGAAGGGAAAAUCUUGGCCAACGACAUUGCAGUUUUGUCUAGAGCUAUCGAUGACUUGGUUGAGGUUCAGGCCACACAGUCCAAGAGACUGGAGAAAGUGAUCACUCUGUUGACUUCUCGCAGAUCCUCUUCAGAGAAAAAUGCUGAAGAUGGGCCAGUGGUGGACGAAGGCUUCAAAGAUUUCUUCAAACUGGACGAAAAGUUGGAAAAACUACUUUCGGAGCAGCAAAGACAACGCGAGUCUCUAAAACAAAAUGCGUUUGGGGAUAACGGUGGCCCUCACAUUGAUGAAAUCGUGCGCAAAUUAACUAUUUGGCUGAUACCGCUGGUUGCAGUAAUGAUGGUCAUGGCCUACUACACCUUCAGGAUUCGUCAAGAAAUUGUCAAAACAAAGCUACUGUGA